AUGAGGAGGAAGUUAUGGCAGAUGAUCGUGAUUCAAGAGAUCGUUCCUUCAUCCACAGGCACGGAAUUACUUUUUUCUUUUCUUUUUCUCUUUUUGAUCUUCUCUUUUUAUGAUCAAAAAGAAGAGACAAAAGAAAAGAAAAGUAAUUCUAUGUGCCCGUGGAUUAAUGAAGGAACGGUGGGCCCCAGAGAUCUUGCCUUUCAUUUCCUGGGUUUGAUGAGAUCUCAUCUUCAGGAUGAGAUCAAACCACAGGAAAUUAAGAAAGGCAAGACUCUGAUCUGGGCCCACAGACAGACGGUGAAGACAUGA